UCGGGAUUUAGACACACAGCUCUUUACCAGCUGAUGGCCCAAUGUCUUCAUCAAAAUAAUAAAUGGAGAAUCAGGAUGAAAACGUUGUUGUUGCUGCUUCUCUUGUGUCAUGUUUCAUCAUCAGUGAAACACUCGCUGAAGUAUUACACCAUCGGAUUUUCCUCCGAUGUCCUAAACUUUCCAGAUUUUAUGAUGCUAGGAGAGGUUGAUGACAUUCAGGGGGCUUACUGUGAUGGCAGCAACAAGAUAUUUGAACCAAGACGGGACUGGAUAAAAAAAUUACUCGAUGACAAUCCUGCAGUCUGGAAAUGGCACACUAACGAGUGUUUUGAGAUUCAACCUUCCCGCUUCAAAAGCAGACUGAACAGUUUUAUCCAGCUCUCCAACCACAGUGAAGGUUCAGGUGUUCACAUUUUACAGAGGAUAGAAGGUUGUGAAUUGAAUGAAACAACUGGAGAGGUCACUGGGUUUUCACGGUAUGGUUAUGAUGGAGAAGACUUCAUUGAACUGGAUCUGAAGACAUUGACGUGGACCGCUCUGAGACCAGAGGCUGAUAUUAUCAAACAGAAAUGGGAUGAAGAUACAAACAGGAUAAAAUACAAUAACCAAUUCCUCACUCAGAUUUACCCUGAGUGGCUGAAGUUGAAUUUGAAGUAUGGGAACAGCUCUCUGCUGAGAACAGACGUCCCCUCAGUGUCUCUCCUCCAGAAGACUCCCUCCUCUCCAGUCAGCUGCCACGCUACAGGUUUCUACCCUGACAGAGUCAUGAUGUUCUGGAGGAAAGAUGGAGAGGAGAUUCAUGAAGGAGUGGAACGUGGAGAGAUCCUCCCCAACCAUGAUGGAUCCUUCCAGAUGAAUGUUGACCUGGACAUUUCAUCAGUCUCACCUGAAGACUGGAGGAGGUACGACUGUGUGUUUCAUCUCUCUGGUGUGGAGGACGACAUCAUCACCAAACUGGAUGAAACACAGAUCAGAACCAACUGGGUUGAGACGCCCAGUGACAAGACACCCAUCAUCAUUAUCAUCAUCAUCAUCAUCAUCAUCAUCAUCAUCGCUGUAGUGGUUGUUCUCGUCAUCUUGACUAAGAAAUACAACUGGUGUGAUUUAUCAGUGUUGUAAAAAUCAUCCGAUGGACCACUUUGAUUUGGUCCUGUAUUCUUGUGACUGUACUGCUUCUGUUAACAGCGCUGAGCUCUUUGAGAGACUGAAUCCAGAAACCUGAUGACAAACACAUGUCUGACCUCAUAUGGGAUGAAAGCAUGUGUCACAAGCUACAGCUACAAGUGUCUGAGAUAUGGUCCCUGUAGCAUUAAUGAAGAAGUAUUAAAACGUCACUUUUGAUCAUUUUAAUGGAAGGUUUACUUAUGUACAAUACUGUGCUUUUAAGGAAUGCACGUAUAUCACCUCAGUGUUCUGCUGAGCUUUCUGGACUGAGGCCUGAGAUUCCCAGUGAACUUCAGAAGAAGAAGUGCUGGUGAUGCCAGGCUGGAGGUGGAGGAGGUUCAGGUCGUUGGUGCCAUCUGUACACCUGUACUCUGUACCCAUCUGACAUGGGUUCAUACGACCACAGUACGUCUGUGUCUGUGGAUGGAGACACACUCCUAGUUUCUAUUCCUCCUUCAGUGGACAAAGAAACAUGAACACGAUCCAUGAAACUGUUGAUGUGCAACUGACCAAACAACUGUUAUGCAACUACUUUUGUACAUUUCUUCAUGGUAAUUCAUGGUAAUUCUGUAAUUAUUUCAUGACACUAUUUGUUCUAUUUUACUAGAUAAUAUAUAUUUUUAUUUAUUUUAUUUUAAUCUCAUCUGAUUUUAUUUUAUCUUUCUUUUUACUUGUGGUUUUUAUUUCUUUUGUGUGCAACUUGGCUACUGUGAGCAAGUAAUUUCCUUUGUGGAUCAUUAAAGUCUAAAGACACUUUCAA